UCUCCAUGGCAACAGUGAGACGCAGAACGCAGCAGCAGACAGAAUAAUGGCGGGAACUUCUCGGCAUGACCGCGAGAUGGCGAUAAACGCUAAGAAGCAGCUGAAGGAGUGCUCGGACCCUGUGGACCGGCUGCGGCUGCAGUGUUUAGCCCGGGGAUCAUCAGGAAUUAAAGGCCUCGGCAGAGCUUUUCGGAUUAUGGAUGACGACAACAACAGAACACUGGACCUGAAGGAGUUCAUAAAGGGUCUGAAUGACUAUGGAGUUGUCAUGGAGAAAGAUGAGGCCAUGGCACUGUUUCAGCAAUUUGACAAGGAUGGAAGCGGACAGAUAGACUUUGAUGAGUUUCUCCUCACUCUCAGGCCACCGAUGUCCAACGCUAGAAAGGAAGUGAUCAUGCAGGCGUUCAGAAAGCUGGACAGGACUGGUGAUGGUGUGAUCACUGUUGAAGAUCUGAGAGGAGUGUAUAAUGUAAAACAUCACCCCAAAUAUCAGAACGGGGAAUGGACAGAAGAGCAGAUCUUCCGCAAAUUUUUGGACAGCUUCGAUUCUCCUGAUGAUAAGGAUGGACAGGUCACGAAAGAGGAGUUUGUGAACUACUACAGUGGAGUGAGUGCGUCCAUCGACAGCGAUGUUUAUUUUAUUUUGAUGAUGAAGACAUCAUGGAGGCUAUGAUGGUUUUAUAAUUGUAUUUACUUUUUACUUACUAAUUUAUAAUGUCUAAAUGUUCCACUGUGAUGUCUUUUUUUAUUUUUAUGAAGCACUGAUUGUGUAAAACGGCCAGUUGAUAUUUGUUAAGCGUGAAGAUUUUGACCUUUGAUUAUUUCUCUUUUAAGCAUUUGCUUUUUUUUUUUUUUGCUCCCCUAAUUAGUACGCCCCUGUAAAGAUGGUUGCACACUGUUCACGGAAAAAGAAGUGGGUGUAGAGACAGAUGGUUUAAUGGACAGGUCAUCCAAAGUUGAAAUAAAAAUUGUUUUAAAAAAAGUUUGACCCAAUUCUCUCUCUACCCCAGUGCAAUACCACCCAUUCACACAUUCUUUUACACUCGCUGCUAUUAACAGAAAAAACAAUCGGUCUACUGGCUAUUUUUUUCUUGUCAUGAAAGGAAACCAGAGUACCCAGAGGAAACCAUGUGGUGAAGAACCUGUGAAAAGCAAUAACCUAUGCUCAGGAUCAAAUCACGGAGCUGUAAAGCAGCAACCCUACUUGCUGCACCACUUUGCUGAUCUACAGCAUUAGAAUUUUUACUUUUUUUAGAACUGUAGAAUCCUGGCACUCUUUUAUAACACUUCCCAGCAUGGUGACUGGAGCAGAAUACCAAACUUUUAAACACUUGCUCCCAUCCAGAUAAGGAUAAUAUUUUCCUUUUCUUGAAAAGACACCAUUUUUGUAAAAAAAGUAUUCCUAAAUCUACAGCAGGCCUGAAAAGUCAAGU